AUGUCAAAAGACCCUGGCCGACUUUUGUGGUGCCCCAAUGUUCGAAAAGAGCCUGAAGGGCCGAAUAGAAGGUUGGACCCGGAAGGAUAUGGGGGCCAGUCGUCCCUGAUGCAUUCCCCGAGGCAUUCAGCGCGUGGGGGGCACAGCUCGGAACCCUUGCAGCGCACUCGUGUCACGCAUCAUCUUCCGCCCGAGAUCUUGUGGAAGCAAUCCACUGAGGUGGACAUGGGAUCUACCUUGCCAUUCCAAGAAGCGCAGGUGGCAGACCUCCUUCCACUCCCCACGCAGCCCAGUGGGCCCACGGAGCCCGUGGGGCCCACAGCGCCCGGGCCCACUGGGCCGGGGCCGGGGCCGCAGAACCUGGAGGCUCUCAAGGUGCCGCUGGAGGAGGCCAAGGCGUUGCGAGUGAACACCGUGGACAGCGCGGAGGAGAGCACAGAGUUGGCGAAUUUCUUGGGCUUUAUGGGCGCCUCCAUGGACUCCACGUCGUUUCAGAAAGAUGUUAGCCAGGUUCGCGACUGGCUGGGCGUGAGUUCCUCCAGGGAUGCAUAG